GCGGGCGGCGGGCGGCGGGCAGGCACCAUGACUCCCACGAGGACCCAGCACUCGUUGGCAGGGCAGACCUACGCCGUGCCCCUCAUCCAGCCGGACCUGCGGCGGGAGGAGGCCAUCCAGCAGGUAGCCGAUGCCCUGCAGUACCUACAGAAGGUCUCUGGAGACAUCUUCAGCAGAAUCUCUCGGCGAGUAGAGCUCAGCCGGAGGCAGCUGCAGGCCAUUGGGGAGAGGGUCUCCUUGGCCCAGGCCAAGAUUGAGAAGAUCAAGGGCAGCAAGAAGGCAAUCAAGGUGUUCUCCAGUGCCAAGUACCCAGCUCCAGAGCGCCUGCAGGAGUACGGGUCCAUCUUCACAGGUGCCCAGGACCCUGGCCUGCAGAGACGCCCCCGCCACAGGAUCCAGAGCAAGCACCGCCCCCUGGACGAGUGGGCCCUGCAGGAGAAGCUGAAAUACUUCCCUGUGUGUGUGAACACCAAGCCUGAGCCUGAGGAUGAGGCCGAGGAGGGGCUCGGGGGCCUUCCCAGCAACAUCAGCUCCGUCAGCUCCUUGCUGCUGUUCAACACCACAGAGAACCUGUACAAAAAGUAUGUCUUUCUGGACCCCCUGGCUGGUGCUGUAACAAAGACCCAUGUGAUGUUGGGGGCAGAGACCGAGGAGAAGCUGUUCGAUGCCCCUUUGUCCAUCAGCAAGAGGGAGCAGCUGGAGCAGCAGGUUCCAGAGAACUACUUCUAUGUGCCGGACCUGGGCCAAGUGCCUGAGAUCGACGUGCCGUCCUACCUGCCUGACCUGCCAGGCAUCGCCGAUGACCUCAUGUACAGCGCUGACCUGGGCCCCGGCAUCGCUCCCUCCGCCCCUGGCACCAUUCCAGAGCUGCCCACCUUCCACACAGAGGUGGCCGAGACUUUCAAGCCAGACCCAGAAGAUGGGGUGCUAACAGCACCCCCACCACCGCCACCGCCACCGCCGCCUCCCCCAGCUCCGGCUGUGCUGGUCAACGCUCCCCCACCCCCACCCCAGCCCAUGGCCUCCCAGGUCCAAGGUGCCAGGGAGGAGGACAGCAGUGGCGGUGUGUCUCCUCUAGCUGCAGUCCAGGGAGCUCCCAAGGAAGUGGUGGACCCCUCCAGUGGCCGGGCCACUCUGCUGGAGUCCAUCCGCCAGGCUGGGGGCAUCGGCAAGGCCAAGCUCCGCAGUGUCAAGGAGCGCAAGCUGGAGAAGAAGAAACAGAAGGAGCAGGAGCAAGUGAGAGCCACAAGCCAAGGUGGUGACCUGAUGUCGGAUCUCUUUAACAAGCUGGUCAUGCGGCGUAAAGGUAUCUCUGGGAAAGGACCCGCGACGGGGGCCAGCGAGGGGCCAGGAGGAGCCUUUGCCCGAAUGUCAGACUCCAUCCCACCUCUGCCUCCCCCACAGCAGCCACCUGGAGAAGAGGAUGAGGACGACUGGGAAUCCUAGGGGCUCACUCCUUCCCCACCGAGACCCAGAUUUAGGUCUCACCCUCACAGGGACACGACCAGGAUGAGAUGCCUGGCCUGUGGGUCUCUUGGCCCCUGCUACCCAGGGAGGAACGGGGACCAUGAAGGACUGUCCCAGACCUGCUCCUGGACCUUCUUCAAGGAGUGAGGUAGCCAGCUUCUGAGGCCAAGUGGCUGGGAGCAGGGAGCCCCUGUGCUCUCCUCCAGCCACAGACUGAAAUGAGUACGUGCAUCAAUAAAGCAGUGUCAUGCGGGAACCGAGCAUAAAA